AUGUCGUACUACGGAGGUCCCCCAAACAACCAAUACGGGGGCAGUGGUGAUUAUUAUGGUCAACAGCAGAACCAGGGCCAGGGCCACUAUCCGCCUCAACAAGGCCACGCUGGCGUCCAGCUGCCAAAUUAUUACCCUCACGAGCAACAUCACCAGCAACCACAGUACGGUCAGCCUCAAUACGGCGGCCAGUAUUCCGCUCCCUAUGAUCAUGGCCAGCAGGGCUACGGAGCACCUCCUCCACACGAUCAAUACCAACAGGGCCAUUACCCUGUCGGCGGCGGCGACCCUGGCCACGGCUACAACCAGCAAAUGCCUCCUCAGGACCGUGGUCACUCGCCGUAUCCACCCCAACAACACCCCCAACAACACUACCAACAGGGCGGAGCAAGUGCUUCAUACUAUGGCAACGACGCCCCUCAGUACCAGCACCAGCAGGGCCCUGGCUAUACUUCCGGCCCAGCAGGAGGCCCUGGAGGCCCCGGGGGCCCAGAGGGUGAGAAGGGUCUCGGAUCCACUCUCCUCGGUGGCGCGAUGGGUGGGUUUGCGGGCAAGAAGCUGGGUGGCGGUCUUUUGGGGGCAGCCGGUGGUGCAGUCUUGGGCGCCGUUGGUAUGAAUGCGGCCACUCACGAGAUCAAAAAGAAGAAGGAGAAAAAGCACAAGAAGGAGAAGCGUCACAAGCGUCGUGGAUCCAGCUCUAGUUCGAGCUCUAGCUCCAGUUCCAGCUCUCGAAGCCACUAG